CGAACGCCAAGCCAAAUACUGUUCAUGGUGCGAGGCAACCAACGCGACCCUUGUCAUUAUGCGGAGAACCGUCUAGCUACAUAACUCACACAUCUUGCUCCAUGGUCCCCUUGUUUUUCUUUCAUACUACUACGCAUUUCUCACCAUCAUCGACGAGCUUUCCAGUGAAGCCAGAAGAAGGAUAUAUCAAUGCACAAUGGUGGACUUGGAUCCAACACUAGCGUUUUACUACGCAUCGCUCGUUUUUCUGAGUGCCUUCGUCACCGUUCCCUUUCGGGACGGGGAUUUCAUCUUUUCUAAUGUCAUCGUCGCGGAGGCUACUCAGCUUUGCCAAGAUCGCGUUUCUGCGGCAUCUCGCCAUCCGCAAGACGACGACCAUCAUCAUCACUUCAAAGAACCGAAACCAGAUCCCUGCUACGAGAAUCCUCUCCUACAUCUAGCGGUGUCCAUCUACCAAGCCGAAAUUACACCGCGCAGAGCUCGCGGCUUUGUGGUGGGAGCAUAUCAACUGAGUCUUGCAAUCGGGGGUCUUGUUGUCAACUGCGUCGCUCGUCGCACCAGCGACAUCCAGUCUCCCGCCGCUACUUGA